CCGAACCGAGAGCGAAACCCGAGACCGUUUUCAAAUUUCAUUUUUGCAGAAAAUUUGUGAGUUGUUGGGAUAUUUUAUAAUAUUUUAUGAUGCCACUUCCUUUGAUUAUACCGAAUGCAGUGGAGCCAAUGCAGGUGGAUGCUCAGCCUGAAGAUAAUGAGAACAAUGAAGAAGAUGCUUACAUCGUUGAAAACUCAUCCCUUGAUCUUGAAGUAUACGCUAACCAGUUUAUUGGGCUGGCCAAGCUGCAUCGACUCAUCUAUAUUGCCGAUCACUGCCCCGCUCUUCGCUUAGAAGCUCUCAAGAUGGCAAUAAAUUACGUUACAACGACCUAUAAUGUUACCUUAUACCAACAUUUGCAUAAAAAAUUGGCGGAUAUAGCCACUGGUAGCACUCUGCCAGAUGUAGCUGUUCAGUCUAGCUCCCAGGAUGUUCCCAGUUUUGAUGCGGCAUGGGUUGAAACCAAAAGUAAAAAAUCUGCACUAAAAUUGGAAAAAUUGGACUGCGAUCUCAAGAAUUAUAAAGCUAAUUCGAUCAAGGAAAGCAUUCGUCGGGGACACGAUGAUCUUGGGGAUCACUAUCUUAACUGUGGUGACUUGUCGAAUGCAUUGAAAUGUUAUUCGAGAGCGCGUGACUAUUGCACCAGCGGAAAGCAUGUAGUAAAUAUGUGCCUAAAUGUUAUAAAAGUAUCUAUUUAUCUGCAAAACUGGUCCCAUGUUUUGAGCUACGUUUCAAAAGCAGAGGGAACAACUGAAAUUGCAGAUACAUCUAAAGAAAAGGAUCCCAAUCAAGCCGUUGUUACUCGUUUAAAAUGUGCCGCUGGAUUAGCUGAGCUAGCUACCAGAAAGUAUAAAUCAGCAGCUAAGCACUUUUUGCAAGCCAAUUUCGAUUUGUGUGACUUUCCGGAGAUGAUUUCUACUAAUAAUGUUGCAAUGUAUGGUGGACUUUGUGCGUUAGCUACGUUUGACAGACAAGAGCUGAAAAACGUGAUUUCUAGCAGCUCGUUUAAAUUAUUUCUAGAGCUGGAACCACAGCUACGGGACAUCAUAUUUAAAUUUUACGAAUCUAAAUACGCUUCCUGCCUGAAAUUGCUGGACGAAAUAAAGGACAAUCUUCUUCUGGACAUGUACAUUGCUCCACAUGUGAACGCUCUUUAUACGCAAAUCCGCAAUAGAGCUCUAGUGCAGUACUUCAGUCCAUAUAUGUCGGCUGAUAUGCGUAAAAUGGCUACCGCUUUCAAUCGUUCAGUUGGGGCACUUGAAAAUGAAUUGAUGCAGCUUAUUCUGGAUGGGCAGAUCCAGGCACGAAUUGACUCACAUAACAAGAUUUUAUAUGCCAAAGAUGCGGACCAUCGUAGUGCAACGUUCGAAAAGGCCAUAAUUGUUGGUAAAGAGUUUCAGCGACGCUCACGCAUGCUGAUUCUUAGAGCAGCUAUGGUUAGACACCAUAUUCAUGUUAAGAAUCAACCUCGUGAGAGUAACCAUGCAACGGAAAUUCUUCCGGCUACUGGAUCUUCUUCGUCAUUAUUAGUACGCAAUUGAUUAAAUCCGAACGAGGAAGAGUUUUUUGCACGAUUCCGGAAGAAACCCAAGUAGAUGAGUCGUACUCGCACACCAUACGUUACUUGAUGGAAUUUCGAUAUUAAAUGAAAUAUAAUAAUACAGUAAUUGAUAUGUUUUAUCGAAUAAAUUUGCAACCAAGCACGUU